CCAACAGCAAUUUGUAGAGACGAAAGGCAGAACUGUGACGCGUUUAGAGCCACAAAUAACUGUGGCGGUGUGUUUCGAACAACAAUGAUGCAACAAUGCGCAAGAACGUGCGCGACGAGUAUAUCGCCUUUAACGUCAGUUUGUAGAGACGAAAGACUGAACUGUGCUGCAGUUCGAGCCGCAAAUAGCUGUGGCGGUGUAUUUCGAACGACAAUGAUGCAACAGUGCGCGAAAACUUGCGGUUAUUGUGCCUAA